AUGUCGACACGGAAGAGAAGAAGCACUAGACUUUCGAAAUCUUCCUGUUAUAAUUCUCCUGAACAAUUUAAUCCAUCGUUUGAAUCCGCUGUAGAAAAUCAAACUCCAGAAUUUGCUUCUUCCGUUCGCAGUUAUUAUGGAGUACUCCCUGUGCAAAAUGGGUCAACUUCCAAAAGACAGGUUUUUAGUGAUAUUACAAAUGCAACUCCUUUGCAAAAUACAAACAGCUCAUCAAGGUCCAAUGGUAUCAGCUAUGAUAGGGGAUUGUAUGAAUUUCUACAUACGCAAGCAAAAUCAACGGUUACACAAACAUUUGAGCAUGAAGUUAGUGGUUCAUAUCCAAGUCAAGACAGCAAAAAUGCUAGGCAGAGACGCAAAAGCAUAAUGGAUCGGAAGAAAAAUUCUGAGCGAUUUGUCAAGUCCCUAAAUAUCAGUAAAAUGAGUGAUUUAACCAGAAUUGAUAUGACGAAUGAUGAAUCAAUGCGUUCAACUGAUGGGCCUCCCAUAUGUGCAGAGAACUCUAUAUCACAGAUGGAAAUCUCUUCUCCAAUUGAUUAUUGUCCACGAUUAAUUUCAGAUUAUUGGGAUGUGGGUGAUCCCACUUAUGUUUGUAAACAUUGUGGAGCACAAAUGUGGUACGAAGAGAGAAUUAAGAAAGAUCGUAAGGCUAUCGUUCCUGAGUUUAGCAUGUGUUGCGCCAAUGGAAAAGUUAAACUUCCUUUGUUAAAAAAAGCUCCUGAAACGUUGCUUGAACUGCAUGAUAAUUCAAGUAUAAGGAGCCGCCAUUUUUUACAAAAUAUCCGUCUGUAUAACAUGUUUUUCUCCUUCACAUCCUUUGGGGGGAAAGUUGAUGGGUCAGUAAAUGAUGGUUCAGGUCCUUACUGUUUUAGAGUUGGAGGACAAGUUUAUCAUGCAAUGGGCAGCUUUCUUCCCCUUGAUUUUCAUACUCCAAAAUUUGCUCAACUUUAUAUAUAUGAUAUUGAAAAUGAAGUUGAAAACAGAUUGGGAUUCCUAAGAUCAAACAAUAAUGAAGAUUUGCUCGAUCAAAGCAUUGUCGUAUCAUUGAAGGAGAUGUUAGAUAAACACAACAGUAUUGUCCAAUCUUUUCGCUAUGCUAGAGACCGUUAUAACGAAGAUCAACUCAAAGGCGUGAGAUUGAGGCUUAUUCGAAAGCGUGGCAAUGAUGGAAGACUUUAUAAUCUUCCUUCCGCAUCUGAAGUAGCUGUUUUAGUUGUUGGAGAUAUAGACACCGCGAUGGGUGAUAGGGACAUCAUUGUUGAGACACAGGAUGGAGUUUUAAAGCGCAUUGAUGUUAAACAUCCAUUAUAUUUGGGUUUCCAGUAUCCUUUGUUAUUUUCUUACGGUGAAGAUGGUUAUCGCGAUGAUGUCCAUCGUAAUUCAAUUUCUACUGGUAGGACAAACCCAAGAUCAACUAUCAGCAUUAGAGAAUUCUUUGCAUUUAGACUUCAGAUCAGAUUAGGAGAGUCCCAAGUUCUCCAUCAAUCUAGAAAACUUUUCCAACUGUUCUUGGUUGAUGCUUAUACAAUGAUUGAGCACGAACGUCUUAAUUUCAUUCGUUACAAUCAGGCUAAUUCAGAGCUGAUUUGUACGAAAAUGUAG